AUGGCCAACCCAUUUCGCCAUCUCCGCAGGUCAGCCUACCUCACAGAGCCGACUAUGGUUACCCUUCCAGUGGUGUCAUCGUUGGCCAGCAACCGCAUCCAAACGCGCAUUACUAUUACCAACCAGGAGCUUCUGUUGCUGGACAGACGCCGCAGGCUCAUGGGCAAACGAUACCGGGGCAUUAUGCGACACCAGGUACCCAUUUUGGUGUCGCACGCUCGGUGCAACCGCAGUAUGGAGCUCAAGUGGCUUCAACCGUUGGCUGCGUUGGGCAAGGUAAUGCUUCACCGGACGGGGGCCAUAGACUGUAACUGUGCUUUUGCCAACUUUCAAGACGAAGCAACAUGCGCUGCCGCGCAACAGAAACUUCAUGACUCCAAGUUCCAGUCGGUACGACUCGUGAGCCGGUUGAGGAAGAGCACGGUUGAGGGAGCCUUGGGUGUAACUGCACCCACCGGUCCGGCGGCAUCCACACCUCCCGGAAGCUCGACGCAGAAUGUCGGUGGCUUUCGGGAAGGUGCGGGUGGUACAGUAGUGAACGGCAGUACAGAGAUGGCAGCAGCGGUACCGACCAAGAGCUCAAAUGCUGAGACGAAGAGCAACGCUGCACCAGUGAUCCAUGACAUGGCAGUACAGAGGGACCGGUACUUUGUCCUUAAAAGUCUGACAGUGGAGGACCUUGAGCUGAGUGUGCGGACCAAGGUGUGGGCUACACAGUCGCACAACGAAGAGACGCUCAACAAUGCCUUCAAGAACGCAGAUAAUGUUUAUCUGAUUUUCUCGGCCAACAAAUCCGGAGAAUAUUUCGGUUAUGCGCGCAUGACUUCGUCCAUUGACGACGAUCCGGCGGCCGCCAUCGAGUUUGCACCCAAGGCCCAGCCAUCAAGCAAGGUUGACUUGCCCAAGGCAAUCCCUACCGAGGCGACGGAGUUCGCGCCCAAAGGACGCAUCAUUGAUGACUCGGCACGCGGCACCAUUUUCUGGGAAGUGGUGAGAGAGGACGAAGGCGUGGGCCGGACCAGUCAAGAGCUGAACAGCGUUGCCAUAGAAGACAGUUUGCAGGCAGCCUCAGAAGAAGACACGGCGAGUGUCAAGAGCACAGAGGGUGUCGGCGGGGAGCCCAAGGCCUGGGGAAAGCCAUUCAGGCUUGAAUGGGUGUCGACAAUACGGCUGCCGUUCUACCGGACCAGGGGUUUGCGGAAUCCAUGGAACUCGAACCGGGAGGUCAAGAUUGCGCGGGACGGAACCGAGUUGCAACCGGUCGUGGGCAGAAAGCUCAUCAGUCUGUUCAACCGGGCGCAGAGCCCGGGCAGGCUCGUUUGCUCAGCGCCAGCGCAGCAUUUGAUGAAAGUUGAGUGUGAGGAAGGUCUGCUUUGUUGUGAGUGGAAGGACUAUCAGAGUGAGCAGGUACCUGGUCAUGGAUGGGGUGAUACUUGGUAUGCAAUAGCCAGCUGGUUUACUGCAUGGAUCUUCGUUAGGGCUACACAAUGCGUCAAUAGCUGGAAACCCACAAUACUGUCUGGUCGACGGUCGGUUUUGUAG